AUGACGGGAAAGCAGCAAGUGAUGGAGGGAAAACUGGAAGUGACAGAGGGAAAGCAGCAAGUGAAAGAAGGAAAGAGAAGAUGUGUGACAGAGAGCAAGUCAUGGGGAGAAACAGCAGCAGAGUCUGGAAAAGUGAAAGGAUCCCCCAGAUUCCCCUACGAGGGUGUGGGCUCAGCCCCCAAUGUUCCCAGGUCCAAGAAACGCCCCUGGUCUGCAACAAUAUUCAGGAUUGGAGUCUGCCACACCUACCCUGUUCACGGCAAAGCUGCCAGGCCUGCAGCUUACUUCGCGCAUGCGCUCUGUUAUUCCCAGUUGUGUUGCGGCAUAGAGGAAUUAUCAGUCUGCGUCACUCUGACGUCACCCGGGUUCUACUGCGCAUGUCGGCUGCAGUAUGGAAGCGAAUGGUGUAACUCCACCUCUGGCUCCUCCGCACUGAGCAGCAGCAUGCGUCAGAAGGAGGAGCUGGCUCUGCUGCUGUCUCUGACGCGCUUCUACUUUCUGCUGAGCGUUUUGGACUCCGGCGCGUGCCAGGAGGAUCAGCCAGGUGAGCUCACGCGGGGCUUGACGUGGCAGCACAACGGACACGUGUUCCGCAUCUUGAGCCACGGCGGUUCUCAGUACCAGCCGUCCGGCAGGAGACGGACCGGGCCGGACCGUCCCGUGGUGGUCCUCAGGGACAGAAACGAGACCGCGCCGCGCGGCUCUCCGCGGAUCCCCGCCAGCAGCGGCGGCGCGCAAUUACGCGCGGCGCGCCGGCAGCGGCCGGAGCGACCGGCGACGAGCGAAGACUCCGCCGGCUCCUCCCCGGGACGGGAAGAUAUGAUGGUGGGAGAUGACCCGUACAACCCGUACAAACCGUCCAACUAUUACCCUUAUUACAACUACUACGACUCCUACUACAGACCGCGGGCCCGGGCCCAGCCCAGACACGGCUACGGCACCAGCUACCACCAGCACGGUCUCCCUGACCUGGUCCCUGACCCCUACUACAUCCAGAUAGCCAGCUACAUCCAGAGACUCCCCAUGUACAACCUCCGCUGUGCCGCUGAGGAGAACUGCCUGGCCAGUUCCAGUGCUUACGCUCAGGACUACGACACCAGGGUCCUGCUGAGGUUUCCCCAGCGGGUGAAAAAUCAGGGAACGGCGGAUUUCCUACCCAGCAAGCCUCGCUAUGCCUGGGAAUGGCACAGCUGUCACCAUCACUUCCACAGCAUGGACGAGUUCAGCCUGUAUGAGCUGCUGGAUGUGAACACUCAGGCCCGUGUGGCCGAGGGCCACAAAGCCAGUUUCUGUCUGGAGGACACUUCCUGUGACCCCGGAUACUACAGACGCUACGCCUGCACCUCCCAUACACAGGGUCUGAGUCCCGGCUGUUACGACACCUACAACGCUGACAUCGACUGCCAGUGGAUCGACAUCACCGACAUCUCACCGGGAAAAUACAUCCUCAAGGUGACAGUGAAUCCAGGAAACCAGGUUCCAGAGUCCAAUUUCAACAACAACAUUGUUCGCUGCGACGUCCAGUACACAGGAACCGCCGCACACGUGUCCGGCUGCACCAUGACCUCAUACUGAGAACAGUGGGACAGAGAGCCAACCA